AUGGCGACCGAACACGAAGGAGAUAUGAGUGAAAUUUCGAGCCUGACUGACUCUAGCGACGAAGGUAAAAAGGUAGUGGAAGAGGUCGUCGAAGCGGUAGAAGAAAUCGACAAGCCAGCCUACACCGAUGAGGAUCUGGAAACGUUGGUCGGUUUCAUCCGUGGAAUGAUAAUUCUGUUCGACUACGAGGAUGAUGACUUCAACGAAGAAGUGGCCGAAACUAUCAAACUAUGGCUGACUGAUGUGAACAAUCCGCUGCUCUUCAUCUUCUACGAUGGUAAUAGGCUGUCGUCUUCGCUAGCAUUUCCACUGUGCCCGAUAAACGACCUGAUGUACUUUAUGCGUGAACCGGAGCAACUGUUUAACGUGCUCGAGCGCUUCCAUGACGAUAUCCUGUUUGGGACGCUCCAUGGUGAUAUUGAAGGUUCCUUGUUGGUGCAGCUGGAGCAGGUGUACGGACCGAUGAUACUGUCGAACGUGGACUGGUCCGAGAAUGUGAAGGCGAACGUUAUCAAUGGUUUCAACGCGUUCAUGACGUACCUGACGGAGCUGCACUACAAGCUGUCCGGUUUUACGUUACUGUACGUGCCACGGGAGGGAAGCGAUAUGGAGGUACAGGAGGUGGUGUUGAAUCGAUCGAUGAUAAAGCGUCUCGAGGCGGUAGUGAUUGAUUGGACCGGGCAGAUUCGGGCAACGUUAAGUGAUACGCAACAUUUCGUGCCGGACGAUCUGGUGUGUCCGUCGGAUGAGUACAGCUUCUGGCUUUAUCGGCAUGAAGUACUCACGGCUAUAAGGCUCCAGUACAAGGGUCCGAAUGUGCAGCACAUCGUUCGCAUACUGGAACUGGCCCAAUCGCUCUACAUUAAGCACCUCAAGGAUGUGCUGGAAGAUCUCGACAAGGAAAUCGAAAUAGCCGAAUCGAACAUACCCUUUCUGAAGCUGCUGGUUGAUCCGUGCUUUGCAAUCGGAACACUCGAAACGGCCGAUGAUUUUUGCUCGCAGCUGAUCUAUGUCAUGCACAUCAUACGCUUCAUCGGACAGGAUUCGAGCUAUCUUAACAGGGAUGAAAGCAUAACGAAGCUGUUCCUGUAUCUAAGCAACGAAAUCGUAGCAUGCUGCAUGCGGGGCAUCGAUAUAGAUCGUAUUCUGGCUGGAGCACCCCGGUACGGCAUCGAGGUGUGCAAAAUGAAGAUUAAUUGCUGUGAGUCGUAUAAAAUCAUCUACGAAGAGAUGUUGGAGCACUUUAAAGGGGAGUUCACCUGGAAUCUCGAUUACGCCGCCAUCUUUAAUCGCAUUAACGCGUUCCUGCAGCGGUUAAACGACAUACUGGAGAUCUGUGAUGCAAUGCUUAUUUUUGGCAAGUAUGCAGAAAGUACGGCCUACACCUCGUAUCGGUUCUUUUGCAACAAUGCGGAAGAGUUUGAGCGGCGCUGUGAUCAGGUGGAGAAGAUUUUCCACAACGCACUAGAAACGAUAGAAUCCGUUGGUAGCACGAUUUUGGACAUUAACAAUAAGGAUUGGUACCGCUAUAUUGGAGAGUUCCGGGAGAUGCUCAAGAGUUUGGACGACAUUAUAGAAAAUCUCCUCUCGAACGUAUUCCUAAUGUCAGAAAAUCUGGAGGAAAAGCUGAACGUACUCGUUACGCUGCUGAACUUUUACAAGCGCGAAAAUAUAAGGGAAAGCUUCAUGCGCAAGAUUGGUGAAGUUUGGAGCAUGCUGAAUGACGAGAUAAUGCAGCUUUCCAAAGACAUAUCAGCUGGCAUAACUGAGUAUCCGGCUCUUUUGCCUCCGCAUGCAGGACGGUACGCUGUGUUGAAGAUGCGCUUUGAUCAUCUAGCACAUCUACGUACGCUGAUCGUAAACUGUCGCUUCUUCCCGGAGUAUCCGCAGCAGGAGGAGGUGCUGGCACUGUACGAAGCGUGCGAGAAACAGGUGAAGGCAGCACUGAAAGGCUUCAGCGAAUCGUGGAACAAAUCGAUCACCACCGAUAUGGCGUCCUGGUAUCAGCGAAAUCUCAUCUGCCGUAGCAAUCUACGGCCCGGGUUGUUUGAGGUGAAUAUAGAGCGUCGGCUGUUGGUGCUAUUCGACGAAGCGUACUACUUCAAAACGUUGGCUGUUAAUGUGCCAAUGAGCCUGGACCUAGAGAAGCACGAAAACACGCGACUAACAUUCGACAAUGUGCUGCGGUUGGUACUGUACUUCAACGGAGUCGUUUCAUCCAUAUCGGACAAAGAGCGUUUAUUCUUUAAGCCUAUGAUACAGCAAACGGAGCGUAAGCUGGAACCGCUCCGAAGCAAACUAACCUGGGAGGAAGAUCUAAGUGAGUUCAUCGAAGGAUAUGUAGUGAAUGUGCGCGAGCUGCUCGAUCUAAUUGAGCUGUAUAAGCGCGAAAACCAUAAGAUAUCAUCCCUGGUGGAACGAAUUUACGCGAUGACAUUUGUUCGACUAGAGCAACAGCAUCCGGUCAAUAUGGCGCAACUCAUGAACAGUGUUGCAGAGCAGAAGAAGAGGGUAUUUACCGAACUGCUCGAAGUACUUACCGAAGUGAGCAAAAACAUCUUCACCGUGUACGAUAGUCUCGGUUCCAACAUUCGGAAGAUGGGCACUAUUUGGGAGCAAUACUUGCACAAAAUCGAUAAGCUACUGAAGGCGGCCAUUUUUACCUGCACUCUUAACACACUGCGCGGUGUCCAAGCAUCACUCGAGAAUGCUCACUCGAGUCCGAUCCUUAUGAUAGAGAUUCUGCUCAAGAAGGAAGGCGCUGUGUACGAACCUUCCGUGGAGGCGGUAGAGCAGACACUGCGACGCCUGACAGAGGAAGUUUGUCUGACGAUACGACCCGUACCGAGUAUGGCUCGCCGUUAUCAGCUGGAUGAUGGUGAACGGAGCUUUUACCUUCAGCUACUCGAACAUCCCGACUACAUCGAGCUCACCAGAUCGAUUGAUGAAACGAUCAAUGACACGGUGCGGUUGCUGCGUACUUAUCAGUCAAAGUGGAACGUUUUCCGGCCAUUUUGGUGCGUCGAUAAGGCAGCAUUUAUCGAGCGCUUCAAACUGACGGCCAUGACCUCGGAUGCGUUCCAGAAGAAUAUCGAGAAGUUUGAAGAGCUGCAGAAUCAGCUGUCAACGCAGGGAGAUUUUGUGGUUUGUCGUUCGGUGGAAAUCGAUGCACUGAAGCUGAAGUACGCCCUCACGAGUCACAUUGGGGAAUGGCAGACGAAUUAUAUUGAGUAUUUGAAGUGUAUCGCUUAUGGGAAAAUCAUCGAUUUUAACAAUAUUUUGAAGAAAAACAUAGAGGAGUUGCGCCAUGUACCGAUGGAGGUGUACGAGCUGAAGCAACUGGAGCAACGCUACCAAACAUGCUUUGAAGAGCUGCCCGAGAAAGAGCAAGAAAUUGCACUCAUCCUAAAGUACUUCGUGGUUCUGGAAAAGUAUGUCGCCGAUUUGCUACCGGAAGCGUACGAGCUUCGCCACAACAUCGACCAGAUUUGGGCCCAGUACCAGUCGGACUUGAAGGCAAUUCGAGAGCAAAUAGAAAAUUACCAAGACCAGUUCAAGCUGUCGAUGACCGGGGCGGCCGAUGCGCUCAAGGUGGAUGCACUGCAAAUGUUGAAGAUGCUGCGAGAAGAAAUGCCCACCUCGGAAGACUCGACUCCGGACGAAGCAUUCGAAGCGAUUGACCGUUUAAUGAUGCAAUUGGAAGUGCUAGAACGCCGCGAGCGUGAGAUCGAGGAACGGAUGCGGUUGCUCGGUGUCGAUUAUGUGCGGUUGCCCGCUCUACGAGAAAUUCGUUCCAAGCUAGAGAACUUACGUCAAGUGUGGAUGCUUGUGAAGGAAUGGCGCGUCGAACGGGAUCGUAUAAUGGCCGAAAGCUAUAGUACGGCGGAUGAGAUCGAACUAAACAUGUUGUCGAGACAUUUUCUACAAACGUACGAAAAUCUCGCCGAAGGUCCAAUUGGUAAGGAAGAGUUUGAUGUGUUCUCGCGCGUAGGUGAAGAAAUUUCGCACUUUUGCGUUACGGUCACGGUCGUGUGUACGAUGAGGGCUUCCUUCAUGCAAGAGCGUCACUGGCUCAAGGUGAAAGAAAUAGCUAGAUGCGGAGAGGCAAAUGAAUUGCCCGGAGAAUUAUGCAGCUUUCAUGCUAUGACCGAGCUAGAGCUAUACAGGUACGAGGAAGAGCUGCUGGAUCUGUGCUUUGCCGCUCGAAAAGAGCACGAGGUGGAACUUGACCUGCAAGCGGUUACCGCGCAAGUACGAGCAAUUGAAUUUAGUAUCCGCAAAACGUCAGGCGGGGCAGGAUUUCUGGAACUACGCAACCCUGGCACCCAUUUCACCACGCUGGCGGAUAAUAUUGGGAUCAUAAAUCGUCUUCGACGAUCGCCCCAUCGCCAUCCGUUUCAAUCGUUGAUCGAUUAUUGGGAACACACGCUGGGACUGCUGGACGAGAUGCUGGAGAUAAUUGUGCACAUGGAGUCCGAAUGUCGAACGUUGCACGAGCUGCACCGUAUCACCAGAGGCGUUGCGCGCGGCUCCAAGCUGGAUCAUUUCAACGAUGGAUUUCGAGAAUGUUUCGCGCAAUGGUGUGAACUGAUGCGCUACAUUUCGACAGUGCGGCCCGUGGAGGACGUGUGCCCGGUAGGGCAAGAAUUCAUCGGUGAGCUUGAAUCCGUCCGCAAGCGGCUCAAUCAGCAGGCUGCUGCAUUGAACGAAGUGCUGUGCGAGCAGCGCGAUAUAUUCCCGCGGUUUUAUCUGCUCUCGGACAGCCAACUCGUUCGGUUGAUCGCAGCUCCAUUCAACUACAUCCAGCUGGAGCAGUCCCUGCCCAUCCUGUACGAAAACGUCGCAAGGUUCCAUCUGCUGGAGCGGGGCAAACAGAACGCUCCCGGUAUUAGUGGUGUGUAUACCCGGGACCAGGAAUUCAUACCUUUUGGUGGAGCUCUGCCCGAUCCGCAACGGGAACCGGAUGGUGUGACUGAAUUCAUGAGCGUACUCGAAUGUCACAUGCACGAUGCGAUGCAAGAUUUAUUGUCAUCAUGUCAUACCGCCCUACGGCGCGGUUACUUUCGACGGGUGGAGUCGGGCUGGGUGCGCAGCUGGCCGCUGCAGCUGUGUCUGAAGAGUGCCGAGCUGCAGCACACUCUGCAUACCAGGAAUGCUUUGGUGCAGUGCAGUCUGCUCGGUAACAAAAAACCGUUGAAAAUGUUGCGUGCCUUGCACACAAAGCUACUUGAAGAAUUGACGACUUCGGCAGGCAGGCAGGAUAGCGAGGAACGGUGGCAAAGCAAGAAGCUGCACGAUUUGCUAGUUCUUGAGCUGAAUGCGCGAGACCUGAUUGAACGGCUUUGUCGCCGCAAGGAGCUGCACGGAUUGGAAACAUUUGAGUGGAUAUCUCAGCUUCACUCGUACUGGCAUCCAACUGGGCGCAAGUGCUUUGUACAGCUGUUCAACGCACGCUUUUCCUACGGAUAUGAAUGCAAACGCUCUACCACACCAGCGCUGCUCACACCUUUCAGCGAGCGGGCACGCAUGGGAACGAUUUGUGCGUUGAAUUUUAGUCAAAUUCCACUGCUCCUUAGCACAUCCGGCGGAUCUGCCGGUCGACAAGUGUUGUUGCAAAGUUUAGCACACACGCUCGGAGCGUUUCUGCUCACGGUUGAGUGUAAUGAACAUUCGCAAAUGGAAAAUCUGAUGCGUAUUGUGAACGGUGUGAAAAUGGUCGGAGGAUGGCUAGUGUUGAGAUGCUUCGAGCGAUUGCCAAACACUAUCGUGGCACAAAUAGGAGAUCAUGCACGAGAGACAGUAACCACCACACGAAAACCGGUGACGAUUAAGCGAAGGCUUAUAUCCAGAGAAAGGUUUCAACUAUUCGCACUUACCAGUUCAAGCAGCCCGAACAUCAACAGAAAGAUGAUGGAACAAUUGGAUAGGACGCUGUUCCGUUCCGUACACAUGACCACUGUCGAUUGGGCGAAAGUGAUCGAAUCUUGGCUUUGGUUGGCUGGGUGUGAUCACAGCACACGAAUUGCAAAACUAGUGGAUGUGUUUCUUUAUCAAACGAAGUUAGCCUGUCCGAAAUUGGUCGAGCGAGGAAUGUUCUCAUUGCGGAAAUUCAAACUUGUAAUUGAAAACAUUCAACUUGUCAAACUGGUGCGGAAUGUGAAGAACAACGAUUCGGAUGAUGUCGCUUUACGCGAAUGGAGCGUAGAGAAGCAAGCAUUCUGCUCCGCUUUUAUGAAUACGUAUAAAGGAAGUAUAUCUGAAGAAGAACUGGAAAUUUGCCACCGUAAUUUGGGCCUUGUAUUCGGUGGAUUUGAUGUUUCAAGUACGGACGCUGACCAAAACGUGAUAGAUGUUGUCAGAACUCGAUGUGAAGCACUGCAUUUCAAGCUUUCCGAUCGGAUGAUUGACAAGGUUCUGCUGCUACAUCAGUCACUUCUUUCCACCGGUCGCCCGAUACUGGUGACCGGAAUGCCUUGCGCGGGUAAAAGUGCCUGCAUCGAUAUUGCCCUUGGCAUACCGAAACCCGCCUACGAAUCGUACCGCCUCAUCCCCAACACACUGCGGAAGUCACUCCAGCCCCGUGCCUUUGACAGAGAAUGGCUGGACAACAUCAUACAGACGUGCUUGCACCCUCCGCCCGACGAUGAUUGCAUCGGUAGAAAGUGUUUGAUAUUCGAUAGCGUACCGUGCAGCGAAUGGAUCGAUUGCGUUGUCCAGCUAGCACGCCCCGGGCACUAUAUGAGCAACGAUUUUACGCAGAUUACGUCCGACGGCCCUGACCGUGACGUGAAAGUGAUCGUCGAGUGCGUUGGUCCGCUUCAUACCAUGACGCCCUCGUCGGUGUCACAUUUCGCGCUCGUCCACAUCAACGACGAUGAUCUCGGUUGGUUGGCGGUGGUAGACGUUUGGUUGGAGCAGAAGCCACAGAUUCUGUUGCGUGAGAAGUUGGACUCACUGGUGAAGAAAAACAUGGAAUCGCUGCUUUCCUUCCGUAACCACGAAUGCCACACAAUUGCACCGAUUUGCGAUGUGUCGCUGGUACGUACGUUCUGUCAGCUGUGUGACAGUCUGCUUGCGCCAUUCGAUAUGGGCAAAGUAUGGCGUCCGGAGACGGGCGAACCGUUGCUCGAGCAGUGGUCGGAAGCGUUGGUGAAGGUGUUCUUUUUCUGCGCCGUUUGGUCGAUCGGUGGUUCGAUGGACGAUGAGGGUGACAAGAGUAAAUAUGAUCUGAUGAUCCGGGAGCAGCAUCCCGAGGCGGGCUACCCGCUAAAGGGAAAUGUUUAUCAGUUUUAUGUUGACCUUCCGGAGGGCACGUGGCGGUCGUGGGAUACAAAACUGCAGCCAAUGUCCCAGAUACCGUCAGAAGCGGUGGAAAGAUCAGUAGACGGUGAUAGUCGCUGGAGCAGCAUUUAUCGUAGUAAUACGUACGUACGAAGUCCUCAAACGUUCGCUUAUGAAUUUCUCCUAAAGGCACUGAUGAGAAAUGGAGCGCCAGUUUUGAUAGCAAGUGAAACGGUUGUAGGAAAAAGUGCUUUGGUGCAGGCAAUACUUUCAGAGCUGGACCAUGAUUGUUGGGCCUCGUUGCGCAUUGCACUAACGCAAAGAACAACACAACUUCAACUGCGCAAGCGUCUGCGAUGCCACGCACUGAAGAUCAUGAAAACUCGUCUAUAUCCUGAGGGCCGCAAAAGAAUGGUUUGCUUUUUUGAUGAUCUUCACACCGCCUCCUUCAACCCAUACGCGGUGGAUGAGUUUAUCCGCGACUUUAGCGUUACGAGCAGUUGGUACGAAACGACCACACCAAUGUGCAUAGAGCAAUGUCAAACGGUGAUUGCCUUGCGCCUCCACUGCUGCCAUUCGCCAACCCUUCCCACCAUGCAAAGUUUACUCAACAAAUGUCAUCUCCUGGUCAUGACACCUCUGGCCGAGGAACAACUUGGACAAAUCUUUACCGACAUGAUAGUGUCAACCUUCGCGGUGUCUGCCCCACAGCAGGGAUCCGUGCUCAGAUUGUUGGCGCCAGCGACGGUAGACUUUGUUAGGCGCCUCACGCGAAGACUUCCGCCCACGCCGACACGGUUGCGGUACCAGUUUUCGCUGCAGACAAUCGCCGCCAUAGUCCGUUCGGUGUGCCAUUGUCUGCGCGCUGACGACCGGGAUGCUUAUCGGUCGGAAAAGGCACAGCUUCUGCGGCUGUGGAUACACGAAUGCUACCGGGAAUCGUGGGAUCGGUUGGAACGGGUGGAUCACAGGAAAUUCUACGAGCUGAUGAACGAAACCUUGUCGAACCAUUUUGAGGUGACGCUACACGGGCUGUGUCCAAACAAUCAGAGUCCAAUUUUUACGGACAUGAUGGGCGACUGGGCGAACCAGAGCAAGAAUCCGUACGAAGACGUGCGGGAUUUUAAUCAAUUGAUAACCCGUGUCGAAGAGCGUUGGAGUGAUGUGUUGGACGAUUCGACGAAAAACCUCAUCAUCCACCGGGAAGCCAUAAAACACACCACCAAAGUGCUCCGAAAUGUACGUCUGGGGUUGGGUGGCAUGAUACUGAUGGGUCAUCCCGGUGGUGGUAGAACCGUAGUUUGUCAGCUUGCAGCACGACUUUCCGCCUCCAAACCGAUCACUUUCCAUCGGCUGAAGGUAAAGGCUCGAGAUGAACCGGAAGCGAUUGAGAGUGAGUUUUCGAGACUGUUUCAAGUGUGUCUGGAACAGCCGGGUAUGAUGCAGCUGGUAAUGGUAAAUCUGGACGACACCGUGGAAGCGCAACCGAACGAACGUUUGAUGGAGCUGCUCGGUGGAAUAAUAGCCGGUGAAGAACUGGGUGUACUUUUUUGUGAAAAUAACUCAACCGAGCGGCAGAGUUGCAACAAAACGGCAGAAGGCACGGAGCUCGUCGCGAAGACUGCCGACUCAUGGCAGCAAGUACGGGCCAAUUUACACUUUGUCCUGAGCUUACCCUUGGAAGUGGCUGCAUUCAGGAACAUUCUGCAGCGCUAUCCCUCGCUGGCGCGUGUUCUCUCCGUGAACUGUAUGCACGAUUGGCCGGAGGCGUCGCUGGUGGAGAUUUCCAAGAAGUACCUGCUCAAAAACGUCCCGCUCGAUGUUUCCAUCCUCGGAGCGGAUGCCGACAGUUCGGUCAAGAAGGCCCGAAGAAGAGAAAGCUUGGUCGAGAGUACCGAGAGUCGGCUCCAAAGAUCGACGCAUGAUUUAUUGUUCCGCAUACAUUACGCCGUCCAAAUGGAGGCUACUUUGCCGACCGCCGCUAAGCGAAAUAUAAUUGCACCCUGCAGUUGGUAUUUCGAGCUACUGGAUACGUUCGAAAGAGUGUUGCGUGAAAAAAGGCUAGAAUUACAGGCUCUCCAUCGCAAGUUUCGCAUCGGUAUCGAACGUAUCGAGGAUGCGACACAAAAGGUGGCCAAUCUUUCCGAGGAGCUCCAACAGCGGCAGCGUGAGAUAGCGAUGUUUCAGGAGCAGCUGGAUGAAUUCUUGCAGGAAAUCGAUCGCCAAACGAAGGAAGCGGACGAGCAGACGGAAGAGGUGUCGGUGAAGCGCGUAAAGAUUGGUGCGGAAGAGGUCGUUUGCAAACAGUUGGCGGAGGUUGCUGGGGCCGAUUUACAGCGGGCAAUGCCGGCACUGAAUGCUGCAGUGGCCGCGCUCGAUUCACUCAACAAGAAAGACAUGAACGAGAUCAAAUCGUACAGCCGUCCUCCGACGAGGGUAGAGCUGGUCAUGGAGGCGGUGAUGAUACUGCUCGGUAAGGAGCCAACUUGGGCGGAGUCGAAGCGUCAGCUGGGUGAACAGAAAUUCUUGGACACGCUUAAAGGUUUCGAUCGGAACAAUAUAACCGAGCGAACGCUCAAGACGAUUGGAGCUUACGUACGAAAUCCGGAUCUGGAGCCGGAUAAGGUGGGAACGGUUUCGAAAGCGGCCAAAUCAUUGAUGCUGUGGGUGCGUGCGAUUGAAAACUAUGGCAAAGUGUACAAGUUCGUAGGUCCGAAAAUCCGAAAAAUGGAAGACGCUAAUGCUUCGCUGUUGGAAAAACAAAACGAACUUGCCGCUGCAGAACGAAAACUGAUCGAACUAGCCGAGAAAUUGGCCCAAUUACGCGCAGAGUACGAUGCAAAAAUUGCCGAGAAGCUACUGCUGGAAGAGACCGCCCGCCAGAUGGCGAUCAAACUAGAGCGCGCUCGUAACUUGGUUAACAAUUUAGCCGGCGAAUGUACCCGCUGGCGAGCGACAAAGAACGAACUUGAGUCCAUGUAUGCCCGUCUGAUCGGUGACACACUGCUAGCGGCCGGAUUCCUAACCUACCUCGGUCCGGUGAAUAUAGAAACGCGUACCAUCUUUCUUGCCCAGUGGUUAAUCGAUCUGGAAACGCUCGAAAUGUCUUUUACACCAAAAUUUUCACUCACCGGCUAUUUUUACGAUCCGGGCGUAUUGAUCCGAUGGCACGAGAAUGGUCUGCCGCCGGAUGAUUUUUCUGCGGAAAAUGCUACCAUUCUGAUGAAAAGUACGCGUGUGGCUUUGAUCGUUGAUCCGCAAGAGGAAGCCCAGAAGUGGUUGAUAGCUGAGCUGGAGGGACGUGUUAAGUUGGUCGAUUUUGAUGACGAAAUUUGCGAGUCUACGUUGGUGGAAACAUUCGAACGGCAUGAACCGGUGAUGGUGGAAAAUAUCAACCGUCGGAAUAUGUGUGAACUGAACGAACUUUUUGCACUUCGAGACACGGUGGCGACGUGCUGUAGAAAGUGUCGCGAGAAGAAUCAAUCAAGCGAAAUGGCGCAUCCCUUGUAUCUCGUUGGUCAGGAGGCGUUGCGUAUGUCGGGUGCUUUGGUGAAGCGAGUGAAUCAGCUGAGCUUUGUACUGGGAGCGGAAGGAUUGGAAAUGAAAAUGUUGGGACUGCUGGUACAAAGUGAAAAUCCUUCACUCGAGGAACGCAAGGAACUACUACAGCAAACGAUACUCCGAAACAAGAAAACGCUUGUAGAUCUUGAGGAGCAGAUAUUGCGCAUACUGAACGAAAGCAAAAUACCGCUCCUGGAGGACGAAGAGCUGUAUCGUGUGUUGGAAAGCUCGCGGGCAAUAUUCGAAACUGUCUCGAGUGGUUUGCAGCAGGCGGAACACACCCGCCACGAGAUUGAAACAUCCCGCGAAGUGUAUCGAUCGUGUGCUGCUCGUUCAGCAUUACUAUUCCUUGUUCUUGGUGAUCUGCUACAGUUCAACCCUCUCUAUCGCUACUCUUUGGAGUGGUAUCAGGCCCUGUUCCUACUUUCCCUCGAACGAAGCGGCCGUGUGCAACAGGUUGCCGAGAGAAAGCGCCGAAUAGACGAUUAUCAUACCUUCAAUGUCUUCCGAAUCGUGUCCCGCGGAUUGUUCGAAAACGACCGGAAACUUUUCGCUUUCUAUCUCUGCAUCCGGCUACUGUUUGCAGAUGAAGCGAUGAGUGCACGCGAAUUUCGUUUCCUCAUAUUUGGAGCGGGUAAAAUCGAUCGCCAAGAACAGAUGGAGAAUCCAUGCCGCAGUUGGCUUACCGACACGCACUGGGAUCAGCUGACCGACUUAGACAGGCUGCCCGGGUUUCACGGCAUAAUGGAAUCGUUCGCCGAGUUGCCGGACGAGUGGCACCAGUGGUACCUUUCUUCCGUGCCCGAAGCAUCACCAUUGCCCGGCAGCUGGGAGAUAAAUUUGAAAAAGUUCCAGAAAUAUCUUAUCGUACGCAGCUUGCGGCUGGAUCGGAUUGAGAAUUGUAUGAGCGAUUUCACACGAGACACGUUGGGCGUGAAAUACGUUAAUAUUCCCGUGGGUUCGCUCGAGGAUGCUUACCAGGAGUCAACAUCCCACACGCUUGUACUGCUCCUUAUACGUGGUAAUUCAAAUCCCCAAGCAAAGUUGGAGCGGUUAGCCAGAAAAGCUCACGGCACUUCCACGGACGGUGCUGUUAAGAAGUGUUUCGAAACACUGGCGAUAACAGAGGACCGAAUGGAAGCGUUUAUUGGACUGCUUCAACGAUGCAUAAUGGAUGAAGCUUGGCUGUACAUUAGCGAUUGUCAUCUUUCCGAAGCAUUCCUGAAGCAGCUACCCCACGUGGUGGCGUUCCUCAAGCGCAACAAUCUCAACUCCAAGUUUCGCCUGUGGCUUAGCUCCAAACCGCACGAGGCACUGCCAUUGUCAGUUUUGCAAAACUGCAUCAAAUUGGCAUACGAAGAGCCGAAGGGCAUUAAGCGUCAUAUGGGAAAUCUGUACGACGAAAUCGGUGAGGCACGGUUCAAGAAAUCGACUGCAGCGUUGAAACAAAGUUCAACAAACACCGCCGCCACCACCGAGACGCACUACAAGCGUUUGCUGUUUGCGAUGGCUUUUCUGCACGGUUUGCUGCUCGAGCGGAACAACUUUCAACAGCUCGGAUGGAUCGAACCUUACCAGUUUGUCAACAAUGAUUUUUGCCUGGCGGAAAGUCUUGUCUCGUACGGGCUGGAGAAGUUGCUCGUGAAGAAAGUUCCUGACCCGCGCGAUCGGCGUGGCAGGGCUGGCGGUAAGAACCCGAAAGCCUCCAGUGCGGACGUUAGCGUCGAGGACGAUUUUCAUGGUUUGGAUCAGCGCGAGGAUGAGCAACAGCACGAUGCGACGCCCUGGCAGUUUAUAAAGGGUGCCGCCCUUGAGCUUUGCUAUGGUGCACAAAUCGGACCUCACUGGGACCGUCGCAUCUACGAGACAUAUCGGGAGGAACUGUUUCAGCCGCGACUGCUAACGCCGACGACCGUCAUGGCACCUUCACCCGCCCGUGGUUGGUUCCGGAUUCCACGGGACGGUGUGUACCAAACGUACGUGGAGUUCAUCGGCACCCAGCUGCCAGACCGCGACGGCAUUGAUGUCUUUGGCCAGCACGAGAACGCAAACAUUAAAUAUUUGAAAUCACGCUCCGACUACAUGCUGCAGAUGCUAACCAGAGUGGCACAGGACCCGUCACAGCAAGGGCCAGCGUCGCAGCAACAGCAUCCACAGCAAGGCAUCGGACAGGAUCAUGUGCGUACACAGCAAACAAUCUCGGACGUCUUAUCGACGCUUCCUGUUUACCUGGACUACGAGAAUGCGCUCCGUAUUGUGGGUGCCGGCGCAAACAGAACGCCCGUUUCUGAUGCAUUGCUGGCGGAGGUUCGCACCUACAAUGCUAUCCUUACCCGAGUCCAGACCGACUGUCACUGUCUAUCCCGGAUGCUGACGGGUGCAACGAACGAACUGUUGGAUGAAGAUACGGACAGGUGGAGCGUACUGUUGGGAGCUCUACAGACAAACAGGGUACCCGAAAGUUGGGCCAAAAGUGGCGAAGCAGAAACGAGCUCCCGUGUGGCUGAAAUUCGUGUGCCACUGUCCGACUGGAUACUGCAGCUAAGGGAGCGCAUCCGAUACUUCCGACGGUGGACCGAAACGGGUCAACUUCCGGUGGAGAUUCUGUUGGGACGCUUCACCGAUCCGAGUCGCUUCCUCAACGGUAUACUGCAGCUCCAUGCUAAAACUUACGGAAUUCCGUUCGAAGAACUUCGGUGGGCUUUUUCGAUUUAUGCCACGAACAAACCGUUGGAGCGUAUACCGAUCGAGGACGGUUUCAUUGCUUGGGGAUUGAAGUUGGAGAAUGGUAGCUGGGAUUGGGAGAAGCAAACACUUGCCGUACCGAACAUUUUGGAGAUGACUUGUCCGAUGCCACCGAUAGCUUUUCGUCCUGUUCGAAGGUCUGCUGAAAUUGGAGAAAUGUCCGAAUGCAACCGAUUCUACGAAUGUCCCAUAUUUUACAGCUCGGAGCGAAGGGAAGAAGCAUUUAUAUUAGCUCUUCCACUGCCUGCCGGUGAGCAGCAGGACGCACAAGCUUGGGCCAUGUUUAGUACGGCGCUGUUGCUGAACGAUUAG